AUGGACGACAUCGGUGCCAUUUCUAUCUCUUGCGCAAGAUGCUUCGAUACUCUGGCACGAUCGCUGCGCACGUCUUCGGACGAGUUUCAGAAACAAAUGUUGCCUAUAGCAAUUGAGAAUGAAAAUGCUCGUUACAAGAUUUGGGCUGGAAAUCUAGGCGCCCUACAGAGAGGCCGAAGCUCUCUUGACGCUAGGUUGCGAGACUCGGUGGUGCUACGAGCUGCCGUCCUCAAAUUUCUGGCACAGUUGCAAGACUCUUUGAGUAAGAGUGCCGAGAUCACCACAGGUGUUCGCCUACCAUACGAACAGUGUGGAGAUAUCCCAGAUGGUUCUGAUGACAGAGUUGAGGACAGCAGUGACAGCAGUAGUGAUAUGGACAGUGGGGAGCUGGCUGAGAGACUGGACGAAAUCAAAGAUAUCAUGGAGCAUCUCUAUAGGCUCUCUUUCAAGAUACGCAACACCAAAUAUCGUUCUGUCACUCAGAAAGCUCUUCUUAUAAAAGAGCAGGAUUUACAAACAGGGAAAGACUUGUUCUCGUCGUAUGCCAUCUUCGACCGUCGGCAUGUAGAAGAGCGACUUGAUCACCUGCGCUUGCGUCCAUCAUCAAACAAAUUUACUGCCGAAAUUGCACGAGAUUCAAAUCACGGUUUAUUUGAUGUAUUAGACGCCGGGGAUGGGAUGCUACAUAGCGACGAUUUCCUACGAGAUCGCUUAGCAAAGGCAAUCACCAACCGAAGAAGGUAUUUUGCAUAUUGGCGCAGACAUUCCCUUAAGCUCUCACGCGUUCCGGAUGAGCAAGCGGCACCGGACAAUCUCACACCUGUCGUGAAGCCUGCGGAACCUAUUUCCAAGCCUUCAACCACACCUCCUAUCUCAGGGACUCCAGGGCCAAAAACAAUGGUUUCAGGAACAGAUUUCUCUAUGUAUGAUCAUUCACUGGAUGACCAGCUGGAUGCAGAGACCGUGAUUUCUUACGCGACUACGGCUUACGACGUUGACGGAAAGUCCGCCGAGCUGCCUCCGCCUCCUCCCGAUGCGUUUGUCCUUCGAAACAAGGAAAAGGAAAGUCAUGGCAAGAGCAUGUCCGCCAAGAUCUCCAACCACUACCACAAAGAUUUAGAUGGGCAGCAGAUCGAAAAUCUUUUAGAUCUAGCCGAGACGACGGUAGCAGAUGACAGACGAACGUGCCCAUUCUGCUUCUCGAUUGGACCUUUCUACAAGGAUCUUUACAAUCACAUGGCGUUCCAUCAGGAAGAACUCGCAUGUUUUGCGGUUUCACGAAGCCUUGACAGUAAUGAAGAGGCAGACUCAGAGAGAGUCGAAGGCAUCAGAUCGGCCGCCUCGUUGCGCUCCGUUGCUCUAAAUUUCCAAGACGUCGAUAGCAGCUUCGGCAGCUAUGAAAGCUACGGCAGUGAGGUAUUACUAAAAAAAGACGACGAACCCCUCAUAAGCGCUGCAGGAAUAGGGGACGAGGAGGUCGUAAGGCGACUGCUCGAGAAUGGUGCUGAAGUCAACGCCCAAGGUGGAUGGAAUGGUAAUGCGCUCCAGGCAGCGUCAUACGAAGGCCAUGAAAAAGUCGUGCAGAUAUUGCUUGAUAAAUAUGCCAACGUCAACACCCAGGGUGGGGAGUAUGGCAAUGCACUCCAGGCUGCUUCACUUAAAAGCCAUGAAAGGAUAGUGCAGAUAUUGCUCGAGAAUGGUGCCGACGUCAAUGCCCAGGGUGGGAAGUAUGGCAAUGCGCUCCAGGCAGCGUCAUCCAAAGGCUAUGAAGGGAUAGUGCAGAUAUUGCUCGAGAAUGGUGCCGACGUCAAUGCCCAGGGUGGGAAGUAUGGCAAUGCGCUCCAGGCAGCGUCAUCCAAAGGCUAUGAAGGGAUAGUGCAGAUAUUGCUCGAGAAUGGUGCCGACGUCAAUGCCCAGGGUGGGAAGUAUGGCAAUGCGCUCCAGGCAGCGUCAUACGAAGGCCAUGAAAAAGUCGUGCAGAUAUUGCUUGAGAAUGGUGCCGACGUCAACACCAAGGGUGGGGAGUAUGGAAACGCACUCCAGGCCGCAUCACAAGGAGACCAUGAAAACGUGGUACAAAUGCUACUAGAUCGAGGGGCUGGUGUUCUCACGGAAAAUGGAGCUCUUGAUAUCCAGUUAACUCCUGAUGCAUUCAACAAGCUUGGUCGUCUUUACUCUGAUCAGGGGAAGGUGAAGGUGGCAAAGAUGAUGUACCAACGAGCACUAGAAUAUGGAGAGCUGUAUAAAGACGAACAUCCCGGCGCAAGAUUCCCGAAACGCAAAUCAGUGUCAGUGAUCCUGGCGAAGGACUUCUCCAUUGGGUUGAUUUGUGCCAUCCCUGUUGAGUUUGUUGCCGUCCGGGCACUGCUCGAUGAAACUUACGAACUGCAGUUGGACCUGCACAACAGCAAUGAUUAUGCCUAUGGGAGGAUCGGAGCUCACAAUGUGGUGAUCUCUAAGGGUGAAUAUGGAACAGCGUCAGCAGCUCGGGUGGCCUCGGAAAUGGUUUCUAUUUUCUCAAAUCUUCGAAUAGCGCUACUGGUUGGCGUUGGCGGAGGAGCACCGAGCCGGAGACACGACAUUCGCCUCGGCGAUGUUGUGGUCAGCGCACCCUCGUCCGAUAUUCGCCUCGGCGAUGUUGUUAUCAGUGCUCCCUCAUCCGGACAAGUCUUGGUUUACCAGUAUGACUUUGGAAAGACCAUACAGAGUAGGGAGUUUCAGCAAGCAGGGUCUCUAAUGGAACCACCGGGUAGUUUAUGGGCGGCAGUAGCCGGACUCAGAGCCAGCUAUGAAAUGAAACAACAAAUUUUGGAAGAGACCAUUGAGAAAGCUCUCACACUGAGACCACUUCUCCGGAAAAUAUACGAACGCCCAGACCUGAAGUCUGAUCGACUGUUCCAAAGUGAGGUUGUCCACCGAUAUAGCAAAGAGCCAUGCGAUCCAGGAUGUUGUAAUAAACCAUCCGAUCUUGUAUCACGCAAGCUACGUGAUGCAUGGGAGGACAACCCGGCGGUUCAUUAUGGCCUCAUCGCAUCAGGAGAGAGUCCCAUGAACGAUGCUCUGCUACGCGAUAAACUUGCAGCAGAGAAAGGUAUUCUGUGCUUUGAGACAGAAGCAGCUGGCCUUAUGGAUGAUUUACCUUGUCUUGUGAUUCGUGGAAUUUGCGAUUACUCCGAUUCGCACAGAAAUAAGGAUUGGCAAGGAUAUGCAGCUAUGGCUGCCGCAGCAUAUGCCCGAGAUAUAUUAUACCGAAUCUCUCCGCAGAACGUCAAGCCGCAGGAAAUUGUCGCAAAGAUUGUAAAUUAG